AUGAGACAGGCUCCUUUUAAGCUGAAACUUCAGACAAUUGAUGAGGUUUCCUACAAUGAUAUCUGUCAACAACAGAAGCAAUUGGAGGACCUCCAAGAACAAGAGGCUCGAAAACAACAACACAUGGCUGAAGAAAAAGAAGAAAAACUGGCCAGUGACUUGAAAAAUACGCAAAGAUCAACAGUCAUAAAAAUUGCGCCCCCAGCACCAACUAUCACAACUAGUGUUGACUAUGUUACAGAUUUGAUUACCUCCAGCAACACCAGUAACAAACAAUCAAAGUCAACAUCAGCUGAUGGGUCUGUACAAAAGCCCUUAUAUCAGUGUGACACCUGCUACAAGCAGUUUGCACAGAGACACUACCUAGCAAUCCAUCGCCGGACUCACACAGGAGAGAAACCCUUUGAAUGCAAAAUCUGCCUCCAACGGUUUGCUCGCCGUGACACGCUUCAAGUGCACUAUCGGACGCACACUGGAGAGAAGCCAUUUCAUUGUGACCUCUGCCCAAAGCGGUUUGCACAACGGGACAAGCUGCAGAUUCAUCGGCGCGUACACACCGGGGAGAAGCCAUACAGUUGCCAUGUGUGUGAGAAACGGUUCUCUCAACGCAACACCCUUCUGGUGCACCUGAGGUGCCAUUCAGGGGAGAAGCCAUUUGCAUGUGAGGUGUGCUUCAAGCAAUUCUCUACCUGCGAUAAACUGCGUAAACAUUCUCUGACACAUACACACGAAAAGCCGUUUCAGUGUAACACCUGUAUGCUGCGGUUUGCCCGACGGGAUACACGAGAACAGCAUCAAAAGACACACAUACAAAAGGCCACUGUGACUGCUACUUCAAGGGAGGUAACUGCGGAAGAGUCACUCCCUGCUAGCAGUAGUGAUACAAAGACAGAACAUGAAAAGACUGCAAGUGAACUCCCUAAAGAGGUGACCGACUUGCCAAAUGUUAAUAAGUAUCUAAUGCUUUUAUGA